CACACACACACACACACAAACUUAUGACAUCAUGCUUUAGACUCAGAUUCUCCAUCAGAUUCGUGUUUUAGUCGGUUUUCUGCAUGAAGUUUGAGUUUUUUUCUGCAGAUUUUUUGCUUUUCUCUGUCUUUUAAUCUGCAGCUUUCUGUGUUUUUGCUCCAUCAUUCAGACUGCAGCAGAUAAGAUGUGGAUGUUUGGCUUCAUUCUGCAGGUUGCAAAUGUAAAAAUAACAGAUAAUGUGAUGUUAAACUGCUCUGGGUCGGUUUUACUUUCAGUUUGCAUUGAACUGAUGUUUUCACUGUUUGUCUGCAGAAAUAAAUGUUUUUGACUCUUUAUGGGAUAAAUGUUGGUCUGGAGGCUGCAGAUUGUUCAGAUUUCUGCUCUGAAUGUUGGAACCUGGAGAUCAGCUGCAGGUUGUAGAUGUAAAAAUAAGAUGCUGAUGAUCAGAAGUGGGCUGGUUUCAGUUUAACUGAUUCCUGCACAAACAUUAGCAGUAAAUUGUGAAAAAUGUAGAGAGGCAUGCAGAUGAGCUGAGUCUGUCUGUGUUUGUGGCUCUUUAAGGUGUAAAUGUGCAGAUGAAAACAGAGCUGCUGUUUCUUCUUAUCUCUGCUCUGAAUGUUUGAACCUGAAGAUCAGCUGCAGGUUCAACGCUGAGUCUGUUUCUGCAGCAGAUUCAUGUUUUUCUGCAGAAAAGUGAAAAGAGCUGCAGCUUUUCUCUGCGUCUGAUCAGAUGUUUGAAUGUUUUUUGGACUUUAGUUUGGUUUUAAGCAGAUAAAUUUGGAUUUCUGGAUCUCUGUGUGUUUUUUUGGAAUAAAAGUUGAGAGUUUGGCUGAUUUGGAAGCUGCAGACAUGAAACUGUAAAAUAAAAUAGUUCCAUAAAUGACCAUCAGCAGUGAGACUUUCUGCACCACAGGAGUCAGAAUGUUGUGUCUCUGAUUCACCGUCAGCCUUCAGAUUGUUUGAACCUCCAGAGAUGAAGCAGCUGCUGGCCAGAAAACGUCUGAUUUCAGCUGGAAUGAAUCAGAGAAGCUGCUUCAUGAGUGAAAGCUUUAAAUGAACAGAUUCUACCUCACCACCGUGUCUUCAGCACCAGGAUGACUCUAGCAGCGUACAGAGAGAAGAUGCGAGAGCUCCCCCUGGUGUCCCUCUUCUGCUCCUGCAUCCUCCCCCAAAACCCAGAACCUCCGGCCGAGCAGAAGGAAGCAGCCGGCGUGGUGGACCUGAACUUGUGCAACAUCCGGGACAUGGAGGUGAUCGAGCUGAGCAAGCGUUCCAGCGGCCAGGCCUUCGAGGUCAUCCUGAAGCCGCCCACCUUCGACGGCGGCCCCGAGCUGAGGGCCACGACGCCGCCUCGCCAGAAACCAUCGCUGGAGGAGAUCCAGAAGAAGCUGGACGCCGCUCAGGAGAGGAGGAAGUGUCAGGAGGCCGAGCUGCUAAAGCAUUUGGCCGAGCGGAGGGAACACGAACGCGAAGUCGCUCAAAAAGCUUUGACCAAAGAGCGCCAGGAGCACCGCGCCGACGCCCACAAGGAGCAGCGACUGAUGCACCUGAACGCAUCACAGGAGAAGCUGCAGGAGAAGGAGAAGCACAGCGUGGAGGUGUCUUGAUGGCCUGAUCACAACACAAGCUGAACCUUCUUUGGAAGCCAUUUUGAGGCUGGUUGAUGAACCCGGCGCUGCUCCGACUGACAGGAAGUGACUCUGAACAGAGAAGAAGAAGAUGAGGAGGACUGAGGCGAGUCCGAGCGCUCCACCUCCUCAGUUCCAUCCGGACUCUUUUUACCGAGACGAACUCUUAACAUGGAGGACUGGAGCUGCAGAUUCAGUCGUCAUCAGAUGGGUUUUAUGUGCUUCGUUGCCAUGCCAACAGUGCGUUCAUGUGUGUGUGUGAUUGUGUUUUUAUCAAACAAACAUGGACAGCAGCUGGACCCACAACGCUACGGAAACUUCACACAAACCGAGUCCAGAAAACAGCUGACAAACGGCAGGCUGGACUGUCUGGACCUGCCAGGACUCGGUGGAGACUCGGUGACCUGGAUUUACAGUCACAAACUCUGAGGUCGAGUCAAAGACGAGUCCGAGUUAAAAAGAAGUCAAGACCAACAGCAGGCGACAAACAAAUCAGCUGUUCUUGGUGUUUCAGUCGAGUUAAUGUCUGAAACCGAGACAAAACACCAUCAAUACGAGUCCUAGUUAGAGCACCGACUAGAUACCAAACAAGUCCAAACUACUCAACUAGAUGAGCUGAAUUCAAAGCAAAGACUGAGACAGAUCUGAAAAACACAAAUAUAAGACAAGUCCAAGUCAGAAACAGGUUCGAGUCAAAACACCAAUAAGACGAGUCCUAGUUAGAGCACCAUCAAGAAACCAAAACAAGUCCAGUCCGAGCUGCUAAUGAACAUAGGUGGAAUUCAGAGCCCCCAUGAGACUAGACAGAGUCAGGGUCAAGUCCGAGUCAAAACAACUACAAGAUGAGUCCUAGUUAGAGCCCCUCUGAGAACAUUCCCCAAACCAAAACGAUUUCAAGUCAGACCAUCAGUAAGAAUAAAAACAAGAAUAAUCAGAGGCACAGUCGAGUCCGAGUUGAAACAUCAGCAAGACAAGUCCGAGUCAGAGCACCAACUAGACCUGGUCCAAAAUACUCAGAAAGACAAGCCCAAGUCAGAGAAAAAAAAAAGCAGUUGCAAAUUGUGCUUGAGUAAAAAAUGCCUCAAAAGCAUGAUGAAUCAGAUUAAACACAGCAUGAGACUUGUCUGAGUCAUAGAUGAUGUCGAGUUGGAGUCAAAACACCUUUGAGACCCAACAGCCACCAAACCAGAACAUAUCUGGUCCAAAAUAGAUCAGAGGCUUAGGACCAAAUAGACCAAGACAAGUCAAAGCACAAACAAGAACUCGGCCUCUCACAUAAAGUAUAGAUGAGACGAGUUAAAGCUAAAACACUCAGACGAGUCCAAGUCAAAACCCCAAUGAGACGUUGGACGAGUCACAGAACAAGUCUCAGAACUAACGAUCAAGUCCAGUUGAAACCACAGAGAUAAAACCAAAUCAUCCAUCCACCCAUCCAUUAUCUAUUCACCGCUUAAUCCUCACUAGGGUCAUGGGGGGUGGAGUCUAUCCCAGCUGACUCAGGUGAAGGCAGGGGACACCCUAGACAGGUCACCAGUCUGUCACAGGGCUACAUACAGAGACAAACAAUCACUCUCACAUUCACACCUACGGGCAAUUUAGAAUGAUCAAUUAACCUCAGCAUAUUUUUGGACUGUGGGAGGAAGCCGGAGUACCCGGAGAAAACCCACGCAUGCACAGGGAGAACAUGCAAACUUAAAACCAAAUCAGAACACAGAAACUCAAAAACGACUGUUGGGUUAAACAAAGACGAGUCCGAGUCCAAACACCGAGACCUGUAAACGUCUGAAACCACCAAACUGAAAUAAAACAACAACAUGAAACGCAAACAGCCCAGCUUUCAUUUCUCAGUUUCUGUCUGAAUAUCAACGGUGAGUUAGCGUUAGCAUAGCUACCACUCAUGCUAGCAUCUGGAGUUGUGUUUCCGUGUUUCCGUGUUCUUCAUGCGUGACCUGGUUGAAGCUGCAUGUUUGUUCCUGAACGACUCAUUGGCUAUGCUAACGAACAGCUAGUUAGCUCCUGCGGCUAACAUUAGCGUGAAUGGGUGUUUCCAGCUGCUUGUACAGGAAAUGACGACGAUGUACAGAAAUCACAUUAUAUUUUAAAUCCAACAAUAAAACAAACACACUUUA